AUGAGGCCACGAUGCUGCAUCUUGGCUCUUGUCUGCUGGAUAACAGUCUUCCUCCUCCAGUGUUCAAAAGGAACUACAGACGCUCCUGUUGGCUCAGGACUGUGGCUGUGCCAGCCGGCGCCCAGGUGUGGGAACAAGAUCUACAACCCUUCAGAGCAGUGCUGCUAUGAUGAUGCCAUCUUGUCCUUAGAGGAGACCCGCCGCUGUGGCUCCACCUGCACCUUCUGGCCCUGCUUUGAGCUCUGCUGUCCUGAGUCUUUUGGCCCCCAGCAGUUUCUUGUGAAGCUGAGGGUUCUGGGUAUGAAUUCUCAGUGUCAUUUAUCUCCUAUCUCCCGGAGCUGUACCAGCUGA